AUGAGUCCAGUCCUCCCCUGGCUCUGCCCAGCGCCCGAUUGGCUCCGCAGCCCGGGGGUGACCGAUAAGGGCGGCUAUAAAAACCUCGCAGCUCCUGCAAUUACCAACCCAACCCCACACUUAGCGGAAACUUGUCAGAGAAUGCUCCUAAAGUCUGGUUUUCUCCUGCUGCUGCUGAUCAGUGCAUCCGCAUCCUACGAAGCUGAGCAGAAUGACUCUGUGAGCCCCAGGAAAGCGCGGGUGGCAGCGCAGAACUCAGCCGAGGUGGUUCGGUGCCUCAACAGUGCCCUCCAGGUGGGCUGCGGAGCCUUCGCUUGCCUGGAAAACUCCACGUGCGACACGGACGGGAUGUACGACAUCUGCAAAUCCUUCCUCUACAGCGCUGCUAAAUUCGACACUCAGGGAAAAGCUUUUGUGAAGGAGAGCCUGAAGUGCAUCGCCAACGGGGUCACGUCCAAGGUGUUCCUGGCCAUCCGCAGGUGCUCCACGUUCCAGAGGAUGAUCUCCGAGGUGCAGGAGGAGUGCUACAGCAAGCUGGACAUGUGUGGCAUCGCCAGGCGCAACCCCGAGGCCAUCACCGAGGUGGUGCAGCUCCCAGACCAGUUCUCCAACCGGUAUUACAACAAACUGGUGCGGAGCCUGCUGGAGUGCGACGAGGACACCGUGAGCACCAUCAAAGAGAGCCUGAUGGAAAAGCUGGGGCCCAACAUGGCCAGCCUGUUCCACCUGCUGCAGAGUGACCACUGCGCCCAGGGCCACCCCCGCGCCGAAUUCCUGCGCAGGAGGAUCUCGGAGCCGCAGAAGCUGAAGCUGCUCCUCAGGAACCUGCGGGGUGAGGGCUCGGUGCCAGCCCACGCCAAGCGCGGCUCCGCCGAACGCGCCUGA